CAGUAUAUAUUUAACAUGAAUAAAAGUGUUGCUUCUGAUAUCAUUGAAAAAUAUGAGCCUAUUGAAGAAGUUAAGCAAGCACACCAGAUGUCAAUUGAAGGUUUUACAAGAUACAUGUGUUCAUCUGACUGUCUACUAUUUAAUAAUGAGUAUGAUAAAGUUUACCAAGAUAUGACUCAUCCAUUAUGUGAUUAUUUUAUUUCAAGUUCACAUAAUACAUACUUGAUAUCUGACCAAUUAGUGGGACCAAGUGACAUCUGGGGAUAUGUAAGUGCUCUUAUGAAAGGAUGCCGUUGUCUGGAAAUUGAUUGCUGGGAUGGAUCACAAAAUGAACCUGUUGUAUACCAUGGUUAUACACUCACGAGCAAGCUUCUAUUUAAAACUGUUAUCCAAGCAAUACACAAAUAUGCAUUCAUAACGUCUGACUACCCAGUGGUGCUCUCCUUAGAGAAUCAUUGCUCUCCUCACCAACAAGAAGUGAUGGCAGACAAUUUGCAGCUAAUUUUGGGAGAUGCCUUGCUUUCUGAUAUGCUUGAUGAUUUUCCAGAAAAACUGCCUUCACCAGAGGCAUUAAAAUUCAAAAUACUAGUUAGAAACAAGAAAAUAGGAACCUUAGCAGAGACCCGUGAAAGGAGAAAUUCUGAUAAGCAUGGUCAGGUACAGGAAUAUGAAGAAUACGAAGACACAGAUCUAGAUGAAGAAGAGGACAGAGUCAAAGAAUCAGAAACUCCAGUUAUUUUAAAAGACAACCCAGAAAAGGAACUAGAGUCAAGAAGUAGAGUUUCAUUACCACUUUUCAGGAAACACAAGGUAAAAGUGGCUCUGGCCUUAUCUGAUCUCGUCAUUUAUACUAAAGCUGAAAAGUUCAGAAGCUUUCGCUAUUCAAGACUCUAUCAACAAUUUAAUGAAACUAAUUCUAUUGAGGAGUCAAAAGCUCGAAAACUUUCAAAGUUGAAAGCCCAUGAAUUUAUUCUUCACACCACGAAGUUCAUUACCAGAAUAUAUCCUAGAGCAAUAAGAGCAAACUCUUCUAAUUUUAAUCCUCAAGAAUUUUGGAAUGUAGGUUGUCAAAUGGUGGCCUUAAAUUUCCAGACCCCUGGUCUGCCGAUGGACCUUCAAAACGGGAAAUUUUUGGAUAAUGGCAGUUCUGGAUAUAUUUUGAAACCACGAUUUCUAAGAGAUAUUGAAACAAAGUUUAAUCCAAAUGGAGUACUAGAAAACAAUAAUCCAGUUACACUUACGAUAAGGCUCAUCAGUGGAAUCCAGUUGCCUCCCAGUAAUCUUUCAUCAUCUAACAAAGCUGACACAUCAGUGAGUAUAGGAAUUUUUGGUGUUGCAAAUGAUGAAGUGAAACAGCAGACUCGUGUAAUUAAAAGAAAUGCUUUUAGUCCAAGAUGGGAUGAAACAUUCACAUUUAUUAUUCAGGUACCAGAAUUGGCAUUGAUACGCUUUGUUGUGGAAAAUCAAAGUAUGAUAACCGGAAAUGAAUUUCUUGGGCAAUAUACUUUACCAGUUCUAUGCAUGAGUAAAGGUUACCGUCGCGUUCCUCUGUUUUCCAAAGCUGGGCAGAGUCUCGAGCCAGCUUCACUGUUUAUUUAUGUUUGGUAUGUCAGAUAGCAGCUAAUAGUACCUGUCAGCAAUACAUUGCAA